AUGUCGAUUCCAGAAACAUGCACCGUUUUGGUGAUCGGGGGUGGGCCAGCUGGCUCGUAUACAGCUUCUGUGCUGGCCCGCGAGGGUAUUGACACUGUGUUGCUAGAGGCGGAUUCCUUCCCUAGAUACCAUAUUGGCGAGAGCUUGUUACCAUCGGUGAAAUACUUUCUUGAGUUUAUCGGUGCUUACGAAAAGUUCGACAGCCACGGAUUCCUACACAAGAAUGGAGCUACCUUUAAAUUCAACUCGAGGAAACCUGGGUUCACCGAUUUUCUUGCCGCCGGCGGAGCUGGAAAUCAUGCAUUCAACGUGAUUCGCUCCGAAGCAGAUCAGAUUCUCUUUACGCAUGCAGGAGACUGCGGUGCGAAAAUCUUUGACAAGACGAAGGUAACCGCAGUUGACUUUGAGAACAAGCAUACGGAGCCCGAGGGUGUUGCUGAGGGCACCACAAAGAGUUUGGGCCGACCAGUUUCUGCCUCCUGGUCGCAAAAGGAGAGCGGUGCUUCAGGGACCAUUCGAUUCAAGUACCUUGUCGAUGCAUCCGGCCGGGCGGGUCUAAGUGUUGCGACCUGGGGAUACUGGGAGUCAGCGGCGGUUCAUGGCCCUGGAGAGGGUGACCCAUUUUUCGAGGCAAUUGAUGAUGGAAGCGGCUGGGCCUGGUAUAUUCCGUUGCACGAUGGCACCGUUUCGGUUGGGAUUACCAUCAAGCAAGACCGCGUUUCUGCCAAAAAGAAGGCUGCAACUGAAUACGCGAGCUCCCAUCUCCGUGUUGCCGGUGAUGCAGGCUGCUUUAUUGACCCGCUCUUCUCGUCCGGUGUCCAUCUGGCCAUGAACAGUGGGCUCUCGGCAGCUAUUACGAUCUGUGCAUCGAUUAGAGGAGACUGCAGCGAGGAAACCGCUGUGUCCUGGCAUUCAAACAAGGUUGCUGAGGGUUACACUCGCUUCCUGCUAGUGGUGACCGGCUCUCUUGAGCAGAUCUAUGGUCGUGAGCAGAACAUCUUGAACGAUAUCAACGAACCUGGAUUUGACAACGCAUUUGACCAUUUCAAGCCAGUCAUCCAGGGCACUGUUGAAAUAAGUGGGAGACUCACUAAAGAGGAAGUCGCCCGAUCAGUCGAAUUCUGCACCAGGGUUAUUGCAAAGGUGGAGGAGGGUGGCUGUCUUUCCACCUUGGCCUUGGAUGAGAACUUACCUGGCAGCGAAUUGGGAGCUGCUGCUCCCGCCGGUGCUACGCGUACUGAUGACAGGGUUGAUGCCGCGAUGAUGAAGAUUGUCCGAAUUCAUCGUGUUCUAGAUCUGCAGAAUUUCUCGGCCGACGUGGUUAAUGGGAUGGCACCAAGCAUGGAUCGUGGCCACCUUGGUCUCGUCAUGGCGACCAGCGCUGCUUAG